CGGACUCCCAGGGUACGCAGCAGGUUUUUUUUUUCUCUUUCUAUUCCUCUUUUCAGCCGUGAUAUGAGAGCCACCAGCACUCACUGCGGCACCUGGAUGGGAGGAAGAGAGGCGAGGAGCCCGGCACAGGGCCAAGGCAUGGGGUGAUGAGGACUACCCUCUGCUGACCUCAAUGCAGAUGACCAGUGAUGGCCACAACAUCACCUCUACAUUUGUUGGAUGACAUAAUAAACAGAGGACAAGAACAACAGCAAGAGCAGCAGGAAUUCCUGAGCUUGCUGGAGACGAUUGUUCUGACCAUCUUUCUCUCCAUUAUUAUCAUCAUGACAGUGUUUGGCAACCUGCUGGUCAUGGUGGCACUCUGCAAGGAUAGAUAUCUAAGAAAGAAGAAGACUAACUACUUCAUUGUGUCGCUGGCGUUCGCCGACUUGCUGGUUGCGUUGCUGGUGAUGCCCUUCGCUGCGAUCGAGCUGACCACCGGAGAGUGGCGGUACGGAGAGAUCUUCUGUCUGGUCCGAACGUCCCUGGACGUCCUGUUGACCACAGCGUCCAUACUGCACCUCUGCUGCAUAGCGCUGGACAGGUAUUACGCUAUCUGCUGCCAGCCGUUGGUCUACAGACACAAGAUGACCCCGGUCAGAGUGGCGGUGAUGCUCAGUGGCUGCUGGCUCAUCCCCAUUUUCAUCUCCUUUCUACCCAUCAUGCAAAGCUGGAACGCCAUCGGCAUCGAGGACAUUAUUGAGGAGAGGCACGCCUUGGCAGGAGGCUCCAACGACACCAGCUGUGUGUUUCUGGUCAACCGGCCGUAUGCCCUGAUCUGCUCCACAGUGGCCUUCUACGUCCCGUUGGCUCUCAUGGUCCUGGCCUAUCAGCGGAUCUACGUCACCGCCAUGACCCAUGUGCGGCAGAUCGAGACACUGCAGCGGGCCGGCUCUGCUCCCGUCACUGGAACGACUCCAGUUGUCACCGUGAGGUCCUCCACUUCCUCAGAUCCGUCGGAGCACUACCGCCUUAGGACAACAAUGGGCUCCUCCUCCUCAGACCACGGUCCCAUAGCGAACAGCCGCAUGCGCAUUGAGACUAAGGCGGCAAAGACGCUGGCGGUUAUAAUGGGUUGUUUCUGUCUAUGCUGGGCGCCAUUCUUCAUCACCAACGUGGUGGACCCAUUCAUCCAUUACUCAGUGCCCUGGCAGCUGUGGACAGCCUGGCUGUGGCUCGGGUACAUUAAUUCAGGGUUGAACCCUUUCCUGUACGCCUUUCUGAACCGGGCGUUUCGGAGGGCGUUUCUGGUGAUUCUCUGCUGUGGGGAUGAGCGGUAUGCACGGCAGGGGAGCUGUUCCUAUGGACACACCCAAAGAGCAUACUCGGCUGCGUCGGGCAACGGGACGUCUAUGGCACUGAGAUUGUCAUUCCUGCCAAAUCGGAGCUACAGCGACAACGGGCGCACGAUGCUGGCCAACGAGCAGGAGUCCCAGGACUCUCUUGGAGCGCUUUGAGGACGUCUUGACAGAGCUCUGACGGCAUCAGCUGAUGUUUGGGACCUUUAAGUCCGCUCAGAGACGAAGAAGUCUUGGCCUGUGUAAUCUCAACAGUCUACUGUGAACUGACCUGAGACUCAAACUGGGAUUAUCUCACCUGGAUAUUCACUGUAUGAUCCAGAAUCCUCAUUGGAUGACUACUUGGAUGAUUACAUGUAUGUUGAUGCUGUCCAGGGUCAGAGGGCACUAUUGCAGGCCAUCAGACGAGUACAGACAGUCAGAUCUGACUCUUGGUGGCUCAAAAUGAGAUACAACAUAAAAUGGAACCAUAUUGGUGCACACCAAAGCACUAGUUGUACUUGCGUCCAUGGACUGAAACAUUGCCAAUAUUUUUCCAGGUUCUCAUUCUAAAACCCGGAGAACUGUUCUUUUCCGUCGGACAUCAGGAUCACAGGAUGUGAAGAUGAAGUCAGAGGUCCGGCACUACAGAUCUCAGACACCACAGCAGACUACAUGCCAAACUCUGGCUAAAACGAUAAGUGAAGCUAGAGAGGCCUCUUCUGCUUUUAAACCUCUAUUAUGGCAUCCCUCCAUAGUUAUAACAGAGGUCACGCAGGUGACUCCAGGUCUUAUUAGAUUUAAAGUUCAGUUUAUUGUCGAGCAGUUUGUAUUCUUGUCCUUUACCAGCAUUGAAAGCACUCUGAAACUGCUGAAUGUAAUGUGAAAAGUAGACGUGUUUUUUUUAUCUUUCAUUUCAUAUUCUAUUUUGAAAUAGGUGUAAACAAAACACCAAAGGCCCAGGAUGUGAAAAACAGGACUGACCGACUUCACAGUCUUGCAGUUUGUGAUGAAAUACAGCAUCAUAUAAAACUUCUAUCAUUGACCAUUGUGAUGAAACACUUGCCUAAACCUUUCAUGACACAUCAAAUGUCGUUGCACUUACCACUGGCUGAAAGUUUCAAAUUGUGUCACAUGUCGUUCCACAACCAACAGUGAUGUUGUGUUGGUAGUGCAGCUCUACAUCACCGCAGCAAGGGACAAAGCGUUUACUGCAAGAGACAUGAGUAGGAAUUCACUCUUUAAUGUUUUGUAAAUGAAUAAGAAUGCUUUAAAAGCACUGAAAGAACAUAUUCAGCACACAAACAGAUAUACUGCCAUACAUGUAUCUCAAAAAGUAUGGUAAGAAUCAUCAUGAAAUGUAUAUAAAUGCAGAUAAUGUGUACCGUGCAUUAUAUGCAGAAGACACCUUGAAACAGGAAGAAGUAUUUCAGAUUUCACUGAUGUUACAUGUGGCCUGUCCACCAAAUAUAUAGUAUGUUAACGCACCGAAUGUUUCUUUCCCUUGUUGGGCUCGAUAUGAACCAUAAGCCUAUAGCUGAUGGAAGGCCGAAGAGAAGGAAUGAUUCUGAAGAUGGAUACUUGUGAUCCUCAAAUCAAGUAUCUCAAUAACAUUCAAUAUUUAUAAUUAAAGUAAGUAAUAAUCUAUUUUACAAUUUUGAUAUUUGGGCCUUUUCCUAUUUUUAAAUAGGUAAAGCUUUUCUUGUAUACUUCUUUAUAAUUUGUCAGUGGGGUUCUACUGACUGGCCCACAAAAUAAACAUUUUCAGAAAAGGCUGAUUCAUUUCCUAAAAAAGUAAGCACUGUAGUUUUUUAGGAGGAAACUGAAUGGUGUACAUGAAAUGAUCAUAAUCAUUUGACUAAACUCAAAGGUUUUUGUGGCACAUUAUGAGCAUUUUAGGAAGCACUCAUUUCACACACAGUCUUUAAAAAAGUGAGAACAAGUUUCAAAUAAAUUGAAAGUUUAUGUCAUGUUGUUCGGCACAAUCACGAUCUGUUGUUCUCUCCACAGUGAACUUGAAAAUGAGAAUUUGCAACAUUUCAGGAAGCAAUGUGAAUAUUUUCCUCACGAGACAUGAUAGAGCAUUCAGGUCAGGGUGAAUAUCACUCAGAUGAAGAAUUAGAGACUUGUCUGCGUCUGUAAGUUGUCUCGCUUCAAAAAUGCCUCUAACCCUGAUUUAACUCUCCAAUGUUUGAUGCUCAGUUUAUCUAAACUCUCUCUCCCUCCCUGUCUGUCACAACAUGAUCAGGAGAUGGACACACAGAGGUGUGAUGCCAACUCAGCCGCCCACACUUUGUCAUCGCAUUUACAUUUCUCUCUGCAUCCCUGCCUCAGAAAACAACGGUUAACUCAUCAUCUUUCCUUUUUAUUUUCAAUGCACAACCUCAAAGUCCAGCUUCAAAGGUGACGAGCUGAAUGAAUGUCUUGUUACAAUGUGACAACUUUUACUAGUCCGCUGUGCCCUGUAUUUCAUUGUUAUUGUGUGUGAUGGAGAUGAUGAAUAAACAGACAAU